UAUAACCUGAUGCACUGUCAGUUCUUUCCUGUUUUUUUAUUUGUCUAUUCAUGUGACGUUUGAGAAAGGGUGUGGUAAAAAUUCAGUGAUGUCGAACAGUGUAAAUCCUUUUUCAUCUUCAGAUAAGGAAUUACUGCCGAGAUAAGAGAAACUUUGCAUUGUGGUAUUAUUAUCAAUUUUAAAAUGAAGACUACAGCUUGUGUGCUCCUUUUUAUGAGUCUCUUUGGAAUGAACUCUGGUUAUAGAAGACACUAUUAUUUGGGUGACAGAAAGACCUGGAAAGAUGCACAAACGUACUGCAGAAACUACUAUGAUGACCUGUCCACUGUCAGCGGUUCAUAUCUACAGAUAUUCUCCUAUAUUUCUCAAUUCUACAACAACUAUUUUUAUUGGAUUGGACUUCAAUCAAAUACAACCCUAGACAUUUGGAAGUGGUCUGAAGGUGGGCAGGCAAUAAUUAAUGAUUGGGGCUAUGGUGAACCAAGAAUUUAUUAUGAAAUGUGUGGUUAUGUCUAUACAAUAGAUUCUAAAGUGUAUGAAAGUAACUGCUCUUGGAGUAUACCAUUUUUUUGUAUGGAGGACUAUGAGCUGAUCCUGGUGAAACAGGAAAGCACAUGGGAAGAGGCUCUGGACUACUGCAGACUGCACUACAUUGAUCUGGCUAUUCUAUAUGUAGAUGUUGUGAUGGCAGAGGCAAAGAUUGCUAGCACAUAUGCAAAGACAGACGAACUGUGGACUGGUCUGCGUUUUUUAUCAGGACGUUGGUUUUGGGUAAAUGGAGAAAAACUUGAAUAUAAGGCCUGGUCUGUGGGGCAAGAGCUCCAGUGUCCUGCCGUGAAUCAGCGCUGUGGAGUUUAUCAUAGACAAGAGAUGGCCUGGAAACCUGAAGACUGUGUGAAGAAGCUUAACUUUCUCUGUGUCAAGAAGGGAUACUCCCUUCCUUAAUAUCUGUCUAUCAUCACAACAAAUCAUUACUGCCAUAUCCAACUAAUGCUAAUUAAUGACCACUCUUUGAACUGUUUAGUAACAUACAAAUAGUAAAAAUAAAACUUAAGCAGUUGUCAGAAGUUUGUAGUUUAAAUUUAGGGGACUUUCCUUGUACUGUAUCUUUACUACUUGCGGCAAUACUUUAAUUGUUUUUGUUGUUAAGUUUCAAAUGAUAUAGCACUGUGUUCAUUGUUAACAGAUUAAUUGUUAGAUGUUUAAGUCAUGCACUGAAGCAAUUUUUCUGCUUCUAAUAUUUAAAUAAAAAUCAACCAUUCAUUUCUCGAAUCAUAUAAUUAAACUACUACUAAUGUAUUUAUAUGAAAAUAUUUGGUAUGAGACCAAAUUUGUAAUUGAUUUAAACUACUAUAGUUAAUAACUAUAUA